UCAUUAGAAAAUAAUUCUGAAGAUUACAACUAUUCAACAAUUUUAUAGAAUAAUUAAAAGUAAACAAUAAUGCCGACUAAUUUAAGUGAUAUAAAUACAUUGCUAGAUGCCCUCUACUUGGAGUUGCUGAAUUUAAUAGAACAACAAACUGCUUGCAGAGUUAAUAUCGAACGCACAACCAAUGCCGGACAAUUAUUGCUGGCGAAAACUCGUUACAAUCAAGGCUCUCAAACUAUAAGUCUGGCUCAAAUACCUACCGAAAAUAGUGAAGACUUUAAUGCUUUGUGUCAAGUGACAGAAGACUUGAAUGAGGAAACAGUAUCGGGAUGUAAAAAGAGCUUGGUGCGCCAUAAUGUAGAUAAAUCAGAAGGUUAUGUAGAGCCUAUGCAUUGGUUUAACAUAUUGCCCUCCAUGUCUUUGCGUAAUGCUGCCGAUCAAUUUAAAAAAUCAGUGGAUUUAGUUGUAGAAAGUGCUAAUAUACAAAACGAAAUGUUGGCCACCAUGCAAAGCAUACAGCAUUUGAAAGCUUUAAAACAAAAAUAUUAAUUGUUUUUUAACAAAAUAUGUAUUUUUUAUUUUUUUUUAAUAAUGCACAUUCCCGCUCCUAGCAACACAAUUAUUCAUCUUUACAAUUGAAAGUCAUCUUAAUCAGAUUACCCAUGCCGCAUUCAAUAACAUCGCCGUUCUUAAUGGGCAGUGAUCCGUUGGGGGUUCCAGUCAAUAAAAUAUCAUUUGGUUCCAGAGUCAUAUAUUGGGAGGUAUAGGCAAUGAGAUCAUCAACUUUGAAAAUCAAAUCUGAUGUAUUGCCCUUUUGUUUGUAUUCACCAUUAAGUUUAAGCCAUAAAUCCACAUUGUGAGGAUCCUUGAUAUCUUCAAGUUUAAUAAAACGAGAUACUGGUGUAGAAGUAUCAAAACCUUUGCCCAAA